CUCCUUAUAAAAGCGGAAAUGGAGAGCAUCAUACAUAUUUUCUCGUCCUCUAUCUUUCUCCCUCUGUUGACACAGAGAUAUGAAGAAGAAUACCAACAACACCAAGCUUUUCUUCCUUCAAUCCUCACCCCACAAGCCGACACUCUCUCUGUUGGGAGCCCGUAACCGCCUCUGCCUCGCGUCCGCUCUUCUUUCUUUCUUCACCUUCGCGUCCCUCCUCUCCCUCCACCCCUUCUCCUCCACCACCACCACCACCAUCCCACCUCCAAAUCUCUCCUCCUCCACCUCCGCCCCGGCCGCCGCCGCCUCCCGUCAUCCUUCCCUCCCGGCCCCCAUCUUCGACGCGCUCCUCUUCUACGCUACCUCCUCCUCCACCCCCGGCCGCAUGGCCGACACGGACGUCCGCGCCGCCGCCGCCGUCCUCCGCAGCCGCGCGCCCUGCAACCUCCUCGUCUUCGGCCUCGGCCACGAGUCCCCCCUAUGGCUCGCCCUCAACCACGGUGGCCACACCGUCUUCGUCGACCACAGCGACCUCCGCGCCUCCCGCUUCGAGGACCAGCGCCCCGGCCUCCCGGGCCUCGAGGUCUAUGCCACCGCCUUCCCCACCCGCGUCUCCGACCUCCACCCCCUUCUCGCCGCCGUCCGCCCCGAGGAGGCGAGCCCCCGCGGGCGCUGCCGCCCCGUCCAGGACCUCCUAUUCUCCGAUUGCCCCCUCGCGCUCUCCGACCUCCCCAACCAUCUCUUCCGCCUCGCCUGGGACGUCGUCUUCGUCGACGGGCCCCCGGGCUACCACCCGGACGCGCCGGGGAGGGCCGCGGCCAUCUUCACGGCGGCGGUGCUGGCGAGGUCCGUCGGCGGAGAGGGGACGACGGAUGUGAUGGUCCACGAUCACGACAGGGAGGUGGAGAAGGUGUGCAGCGAGGAAUUUCUCUGCCAGGAGAACAUGGUGGGCUCCGCCGGGAAUCUGGCUCACUUCGUCAUCCAUCGUGGCCGCGACGCCGGUGGCGGAGGGUUCUGCAAGAACCGCACCUCCGCCACCUCCUAGGAGGAGGUGGGCGGAGGCCUAUGUUUAGAUAAUUUACCUCUUUCUUUCUCUUUCUUUUUUUCCUUUUUUUUUUGCCCUUUUUGUAUCCUUUUUCCGAUCUUAAUUUAUUGAAACAUAUUUUGUUACCAGCA